AUGUCGACUGAAGAUAUUAUUAUUAAAGAAGAACCAAUUGUUGAUAGAACUAUUCAUUUUUUAAUUCCAGCACUUUCUGCAGAUGAACCAUCACAUAUUCUUAGUUUACCUGAAACAUUUGCUAUACAACAGAGUCCAUUGGAAAUACCAUUACCAUCAGGAAAAUAUAUUCUUGCUCCAAGUCCAAGUGAAUUAUUUCAUUAUUAUGAAUCAGUUCAACCUCAAAUGAAUAGUAUUAUAUCUUCAUCUGAAGGUAUUAUUGAUCAUUUAACAUCUGAAAAUUUUAUUCAUAUUGUUGAAAAUUUAUCGGAAUAUUCAAUUCCUUGUCCGGUUUUACAAAGUCAUGUUGAUAAAUCAACAUCAAUGAUUUCAAUGGAUGAUUUUGAUGAAACAAUAUCAAAUCCACCACCAAUUACAGAAUAUUAUUUUCGUCCAAGUCCAUCAUAUUAUGAUCCAAUUUGUGAAUAUUCAUCUUCAACCAUUGAUGAUCCAAAUUUAUUUAUACAUAAUGAACAAUUAACAUCAUAUUUAAAUAAUUCAAGUAAUAGUUCAUCGAAUUGUGAUGUUAAUUAUCAAUGGACAACAUUACCUGUUACAAUAGCAUCAUCGAAUAAUAUAAAUUGGAAAAAAGUUCGUUCAAAUGGAAACCAUAAUAAUAAAAUAAAAGCACGAAAUAGUCGAAAACGUACUAAAUUUUCUAAUGGUGAUCUUGAAAUAUUAAAUUUAUUUUUUGAAAGAAAUCCUAUGCCAUCUCGAUCAGAUAUAUCAAUUUUAUCAGAAAAACUUGCUUAUCCACGUUAUAUUAUUCAAGUAUGGUUUUAUAAUAAACGUCAAUCACUUAAACGAGCUAAUUCCUCAUCAUCUCGAUUAGAUAGAAUUGCAAAAUGA